CGCACGCGCAGUAAGCGGCGGUGCCGUGAACAGUCGGAGUGAGGCGGACACGCGGAGUGGGCCGGACGGAGCCACCCAGCGACCGACCGACCGACUAACCGACGAGAACUAGGCGGUUGCUGUGGCAUACUGAGAUUGAGCCCUGUUAAGUGGCAGAUACAAAGUGACAAGCUCACUUUGUCACAUCCACAUUGAAAAAUGUCGAAAGCUACCGGUUCAAAGUCCAGGUCGCAGUCGUCUCAUUCAAGGUCCCGCUCUCGUUCUCGCUCCCGGUCCUUUACAAGGUCUCGCUCACGUUCUCGUUCCCGAUCUCACUCUCGCAAACGGAAGUACAGCCCCAGGUCUCGUUCCAGGUCGUACUCUCCGCAGCAUAACCGGGAACGUAACUACCAACGGGAAUACCAGCCCAGGGAAUUUCGAGGCCAUCGAGGCUACAGGCGGCCCUUUAUCCAGCGCCGAGGACGAGGCUAUUAUCCAAGAGGUAACUGGAAUAACCGUGGGGGUUACGGCAACUACGGCAAUUACAACCAUUAUGGCAAUUACCGGCCCAACUGGCACAACUACCGCUCAACAUACAGCCCGCGGCGGGGCCGGUCCCGUUCACGUUCACCGAAGCGGCGCUCGAUAUCGCCGAGAUCAAGAAGCCGCUCCCGAUACACAGACAAAUCGUCGUCCAGCCGGUCAGGAAGAUCCUCAUCCUCCAGGUCUCGUUCCUCGCCUCACCGUAGUCGCUCACCUUCCCCUAAACGAAGGAACAAGAAAACCAAGUCUUCUCAGAAGGAAGCAGCUGCUUCUAAACCACCUGUCCAGGAGGGAGAAGAUCAACAGAAACGGUCAUCUGAAGAUGGGCAGGCUGGCAAUGGCAGCUCUGAGUCCCCUGCUGGCCUGGCCCCCAAACGCAGUGACUCAUGGAAAGGCCUAACUGCUUAUGACACCAGCCCUAAACAUCCCAGUCCGGCCCCACGUUCUACUGUAGUGUUGAAGACCAGUCCGGCAUUGCAUUCCAGCCCAAGCCAGCAGAGUCCCUCGUUGUCGGGUGCAGCACGCCAUGCUUCACCUCACGGGAGCCCUGGGCAGAUGAGCCCACAGAGCCGCAGCCCAACUAGACCGAAUGCAUCUCACCAGAGUCCCCCGUCACUCAGCUCUACAAUUCGCAAUGUGUCACGUCAAGCCCCAGCUAACCACAGCCCACCAGCGCCCCUGACUCAAGGCAUUGCCCAGAAAGAGGAAGUACGGCCAGGAAUGUCUGGCCUGUUUGUGGAGCAGACGGCCCCAACCAUCUCUUCAUAUCUAAAGAGGUAUGUUCCGAGAAGGUUUACAGAGGAACAGAAAGCUAAAGUGUUAAUGCAGGAUAGGGUGAAUGGAAGAGAAAAGGAACAGAAAGGAACAGAUUUAGAAAAAGAGAAAGGGAGAGACCAGGCCAGUGCUCACGAUAGGCUUUCUGCUUGCAGUGUGGUGAAAACGGAGUUCCACGUGAAAAAUGUUCCAGAGAAAGGCAGCCGUAGCAGUCAAUCCCCAAAACGUUUCAAGGGUGGAGUUGCCGAGGAGUUUGAAAAAAUCUCAAAAGCAGAGAUGCGUCACAAAUUUGGCUAUGAUGAAGAGGAGGUCGAGGAACAUGACAAGGACUACCCAGCCAAGAACCAAAAAGAAUAUGGAUAUGAGGAUGAGCUCAAGUACAGGAGCAAAUUAAUUGCAAGUAAAACGCAGGAACGAUAUGAUGAGGAGGAUGAGGAGGAGGAGGAAGAUGAUGACAAUGAUAGACCACGCAAACGGGAAGAGAUAAAUUUCUUUAAGCACAUCACCAUCUCCAAGGAAAAGUUUAGAGAGGUGGAGGAGGUGGAGGAGGAGGAGGAAUUAAUGCCCGAGAAAUUCAAAAAAGAGGAGCGAUUUCUAUCAAAGAAACCUGAUGGGAACAGAUAUCGGGAGGUGUCACCUGUGAAAGCAUUAAAAUAUAAGGCAGGCCGAGCAGAAAGUCCUCCACCCCCAAGGAAAAGCUCUGAUAGCAAAGAGCAGGAAGGUGUGGCUGCUCAAGAGGAAAGCACCCCUGUGCUCAAACCAACACAUCGUCCAACAGAGGUGACACUGAAAAUGGAUUCGUUGCAGUUUGGCGAUGACUCACUUGGCUCUGCCAACGUCCUGACCCAUGAGCGACGCCUCUGUCGCGACCUUGUUCACAAACCCAAAAAAGAUCAGGAGUUUCGUUCUAUCUUCCAGCAUAUUCAGAUGGCACAGUCUCGACGUAGUCCUUCUGAGCUUUUUGCUCAGCACAUUGUGACUCUGGUUCACCAUGUGAAAGAACAUUACUUCAAGUCUGCAGGAGUCACAUUAAAUGAACGCUUUACAAUGUACCAAAGGAGAACCGCCGAGCAGGAAGUGCCCAGGCAGAAGAGCCCAGAGAUUCAUAGGCGGAUUGAUAUUUCACCCAGUGCUCUAAAGAAACGUAUGCAUUUCCGUGAUGAAAUAAAGAGCCAGAAGGAGAGCAGCUACAAGCAGGGAGAAGGGAAAUUAAAGGAUGAGCCUGAUGACCUUCGCCUAGAUAUUGAGCACCGUAGGAAAUAUAAGAGCAAGGAAGGAGAACAUAAAAAAGAUAGUUCCAAAGAUUCAAGAGAUUCCAGCCAUUCACGUGAACGGUCAAAGGAAAAGUCUGGAAAAAUUCCCAAAGCGUACAAGGAGUCUAAAAAGCACAGGAAGCGCAAGAAAGUCAGAGCAAGAACCAGCUCAUCAUCCACUUCAUCUUCCUCUUCGUCUCCAUCACACGAGGGAAAAGAUGAUCAAGAAGAGGGAGUGGGCCGGGAGGAGACCUCGACCGGCUUUAACAAAGCUCGCCUUGGAACACGAGAAUUCACUGGCCCACCAACGCGAGGCAGAGCACGUGGAAUUUUUCAGUUCAGAAUAAGAGGAAGAGGAUAUGGCAGGGGAGCGUUUCCUGGUCCCAGCAAUAGCAGUAACCCCGGUAACCCAACUUUCCAAAAGAGGCCCCGCGAAGAGGACUGGGAUCCCGAGUACACACCAAAAAGCAAAAAGUACUAUCUGCAUGAUGACCGUGAGGGAGAUGGGGACAACUACUGGGCAAAUAAAAGGGGCCGUGGUACGUUUCAGCGAGGAAGGGGUCGCUUCCUGUAUAAAAAGUCCAACACCAGCCCCAAGUGGACUCAUGACAAAUAUCAAGGCAGUGGGCAGGAAGGUGUAGAAGAGGAGGAAGAGGAAGAGGAGGAUGAUGGACAAGUUGGCAGCAUUGCAUCCCAGGAAGAGAAAAAGCUGGGCACUAUGGAACAGUAGUGCCAAAAGGGACUGGGCCUUUCUCUGGCGUCUCUGCAUCAAUUCAAGCAUAGAAUCUGGUCACUAGGAUCACACUGAGAGAGAUUUCUUCGUCCAGAUCUCCAUAGGGUUUACAAAGUAGUAGAUUAUUUGUUGUGGUGGGGGUAAAUGCAAAGGACCCUUUGGGAUUGAAAGGACCAAAAACACCUGUCUUUAAUGUGACGUACAAAUAUGUAUAUGCCCCGCAGGUGUUGUACCUGUCUUGUAAGAUACACCGUUAGCUGACAUCGAAGAGCUACAGGUCGUCCUAGGAGUGCAAGUCCUCUCACCUGCACCCCCCCCCCCCCUCCCAAGGUAUUUUGAGAAUUAAAAUAUGAACAUGUAUGAUGGUGCGACUUGAGUACUCCCUGAUAAUUACACCGCUACCUGAUUCAGUUUGUAAUAGGAAGCUGCUCCCAAAAUGUGCAACUGACCAAGAAUUGAGUGUACUACAAGUCAUACCCUGUGCUACGGAAGGAUCCUCUCCCCAAAGCUGGCGUUUUCCUGAGCCCCGGAUGUUGCCGCAUGUUUCUUUUAACAACAUGGGUUUUAAAAUGCUUUCAUUUUUUUGAAGCCAGCUUUAGAGCUGAGCAAGUUUCCAGGAUCCUUAAUAAUUUGUUUUUCCCCUAGUUCCUUUUGGGAUCUGCCCAUCUACAUAUUUGGUUGCAAUGCUUGGCUUAUGCUUUUUCACAGAUGUAAUUGACGGCAGCAAUUGUUUUGGUAUUUUUGUUUUUAAGGUUUUUCUAAAAAAAAAACUGGCAACGCAGCUUGGGCCUCGUAUUGUGUUUUUGUAGAGUAGAGGGAAAGAUGUUACUUCCCAUUAAUCUGUCCUAAUUUUUCAAACAAAGAUUUGUCCAAGUUAAUGAUCUUGCUGAGCCACAAGAAUGACUUUAAAUCCCCCUCUCCCUACCCCUUUCCAAUCUCUCCAAUGGACCAGACUAAGAUGUGUUCAAAGGUUAGAGAUCUCUGAUGGUUCGGCAUGUAUAUUCAGUGAUGGAGCUCAUGGAUCAUGGUUGAGUUAGUUGGUCUCACCAUGGCUGACAUUUUGGUGCCGAAUCACUGAACUAGGCAGCGAAUCAGUCAGCGUUCUUGUUCUUGAUCACAGUUAUGUGACAUGCACUGUAAAGCAAGUGUGUUUGUAUAUUGGUUGAGAACAGGCUUGACCUUGACCAACUUGCUGGAGGGAAGAACGUAGAAUUGAGUGGAGAGGGGACUCGCCAAUUGAGAAAGAAACAAAAGGCAGUGUCUACAUGAUUUGCACCCAACUUUAAAAUCUGCAUCAACCUCCACAGUUUUCCCCUCCUAUAGACCACUGUUGGCAAAGACAAUUGUAUGGGAUGAGAGGCUAGACAAGGAAUAGAAAAACAAGAUUCACAUGAAUGGAGAGUUCAGUUGUCCUCAGAUUACCCUUCAAACAUUGGCAAAAUAAAAGUCUCAAAGAUAUGCAACGUAAAAUAAUUCAAUGAAGCAGAGGCUGAUUUCUAGUAUAUCAACAUCAUUAAUCCUUGCUUACUCGUUUGUGAUUAAAAAGUAUCAAACAGAAUAGUAGGAAACACUUGCAACAGUAAUGUCCGUUGCAUAAUUUCCUUGAGACAAAUUGGAAUUUUCUUUUUGUGAACACAGCAAACCCACCAAAUGGACAAAAGCUACAGCAAUGAUUGCCCUUUGGAGCUUUGCAGUUCAGUUGCUCCAUCUAUCUUCAGCAAAUGCCCUUCUUUAUAUAGCCACUUGAGUCUCAAAUAGUCUUAAAAUGCAGUCCUAGAAAGCUCAAGAGCCCUAAUCUAAUGUCAGAACGUUAAACUUACGUUCCUUCUGUACUGGCCUCUUCCUUCACGUACAACACGAAUCUGCUCUAUUGAAUGAUGUCUACAUAAAAGCUAUCAGUGACACAGUUAGGAGAAUAGUCCAUUGCAAACAGGGAAAGGGGAAGGAGUACAAAUAUCAAAACAGGAUUGUAAAUUCAUCUUUGAGUUUUUUUUAUUGUGAAUUCCUUUGCAUAGUCUGAAUUUAAAUGUUACAUUGCUUAUUGUAUUAGACCUUGGGAUUAAUGUUAAUAAACAAAUAUUGGAUAAACAUUUAAAUACGUUUUAUAUUGACAAUCACAUAUCUCACUUCUACUCCAUGCCUGGCCUCCCCUAUUCCUGUCAGUGCAUCUUGCUUGAUCUCUUUAAUUUGUAUCUUUUUAUGUGUAUUAAAAAGUUGUAAAAAAAAAAGUGACACGUGCUCUCGACUGCAAUAACUAUUGAAUUUUUUUUAUACAUAUAGAAGUAAAUAGAUUUGAGAGGAGGGGAACACUCAAUGGGGGGAGUAUGAUGGUUGCACUAUUUUUGUAAUUUUGCUGAACUGCCUUAUCACUUAAAAUUGUUAAAAUUCAUUCUUGUCCAGAAUUUAAUUGGUUUGUAUUUCUCCAAUUAUUUGUGUUCUGUUUUGUUACCAUGGUUUCCUCUCUCAAAUGGCAUUCUGUAUUAACUCUGUUCUUCUCCCCUCCUUCAAGUCAUGCUGAGGUUCGAAGCAUUGUGUUGAAUUUUUAAUUAAAUUUCUGUGCCAGCAUCAA